CAGACGUGCUGGCUUUUGGUCACCCGACUGCCGUAUUGUUAUAAAUCAUUUAGUGUUACUUGUUUAAAUAGUUGUGAUUAUAGUGAAAUUAUUGAAUAUAUAUUCUAUUCAUCUGAUUAUGACAACUGGGAGGAUCGUUACAUAAUUUAAGCGGGAAUGUACUCAUUAAAUAGUUUAAAAACAGGUUUAAAGUGAAUGUUUCAAAUAAAACGUGACAUGAAUAAAUAAUUUAUUAGAGUGUGAAGUGACAGAAAGUAAAUACUUUUUCGAACAAAGUAUGUUUUGUGAAAUUAAAAAGAGUACAGUGUAAGAAUCGUGUGGUGUUUUAUGUAACUUAAGUUUAUAAAAGUGUCAAUUUAAACAUGUCUCUUAGCACAGAACUUCAGUCAACCCCAGGUGUAGUGGAGCUCCGGGAAGAUGUUCCUCUGAAGCAGUACUCGACAUCAAGCAGCCUUUGUACCAGCGGCCCGAGGCUCAUCAUCGGUGCAUUUGGAGUACUCACUAUAGCUGUGACAGUGGCACUUCUUACUCAGAUACACUUCGGAGACUACCAAGUGGUGCCACAUGGUUCAGUGUCGUCUUCGGCGGCGGAAUGUUCCAGCGUCGGCACGAAUGUGAUGCGGGACGGUGGUGGAGCCAUCGAUGCCGCCAUCGCUACCACCCUGUGUCUAGCUGUGGUGACACCACACAGAACAUCUCUUGAUGCGAGUGGUUCGCUGCUUUACUGGGAAUAUCGACAAUCUAGGACAACAGAGCCAACACUCAUAGAAUGGGGAGGCGUUGGAAAUGCAGCAAAUAUUAACGCGACGGGGCCUCCACGUCUCCUAGUCGGGCUGGCAGCUCUACAUGCGAAGCUCGGAGUUUUGUCAUGGUCGAAGUUACUACAACCUGCAAUAGAUGUCGCUAGAAUAGGCUUCAACGUAUCGACCGGUCUCGCCAUGGCAGCUGCUUCUCGAGAGAUUCUGGAAUAUACCGCAGGCGAACACAGAACUGAACCACCAUUGGCCGAAUAUUUACAAUCGUUACAGCGUAACACUAGUGAAGAGCUAUGUAUUAUCUGGUCGUGUGAGAGUUCUGUGUGGUGGAGCUCUGUGGCGUCAGUGCUAGCGGGCGGGUGGCGCGUAUGGACAGGCGGAGCGGGCGCUCGAGCGAGCGUUGCUCUGGCUGCAGCGCUUGAUCCGCUGCCACUCACUCCGCUUGAAGCGUUCAGAAGAGUUGUAGCCAAUCUAGAGAAGCAAGCAUCCAUAGCAGAAGACACCUGGCCAACGGGAGUUGCGUCAGGCCUAGCUGUUGUAGAUCCUCAAGAUACAUACGUUGCAUUGUCAUCCGGUUUAUCAGUGGCUUUUGGAUCUGGUAACAUCACGAAAAAUGGUUGGAGAGAGGACAUCCCGAGUGCACCCCUCGAUCUAGCACCGUCUAUACUUGUAGAUGAGACUGUUUGUGGUACAAGAUAUAUAAUGGGCGCUGAAUCUUUGUCAGCAUUAGCUGAGGGAGCAGCUGCGGUACUAGUCAAUGGUCCACUACUCGUUGUCAAAUCGGUGGAAAGCGCCAGAGUUCUUGUAGAGACAAACGGUUUCUUAGCUUUGGAGCCUGAUCGCCUAUUACCACCCGCUGCGUUAUCCACGCUACAACUGGGGCCACCGGUUAAUGCAUCACUACCACUGCCUGCACUCAACGUGAUACAACAGACCGGAGAUACCUUACUCUCACACGCUGACAGUCGGGGAGGCGGUGUUGCGUCUAGAUUUUAAAGUUUUUUUUGUCCUGGAACUAUAUUCACUAUGUAUAUAUUGGAUUCAAUAUUUAUAUAUAAAUAGUAUGGAAGCAAUUAAUAUUUUAGUACAAUCGAAACCGGUGUACCGCGCCUUAGGUGCAUGUAUAGAGUGUCAGUCCGCAUGCCGCAAUGAAGGCUUAUUGUCUUUGUUAGACACACACGAGAAAAAUAUCCAGAGAAGAGUUUGCAAUACGAGUAUUUAAUAUAAAGAAAAAACAGAGGUGACAUAAUUACCUUAACAUACCACAUUACUUAUUUCACCUACCAUUGUACCAGUAAAAUAUUAUGAAUAAAGCGACAAAUCUCAACCUCGAUAUUAUAAGAUCUGUCCGACACUUUGAAUCUCAUGUAUGUACCUCGCCGAGCAUGCCUAAGGUGCGGUGCCACUGUAUCAGUCAAGCUAUACUUAACAGUUUAUUCGCAAUCACAUCGUAACGGAACUAUUUGUAUCUUUUAUUGUUUUUUAUUUAUAUUUAUGUCUGUAUAAUUAAGCCUUAAAAGGCGAGCGAAAUGCGAUGUGAUCGGAACAGUAUCAAACUACGUAUACUUAUCUCUGACGUUAAAAGGUCAUAUUGUAACUGCUAUGACAGAUGAUGACGCUUAUCAUAAGGUCAUCUGCUCGGUGUGUCGUUCAUUCAGUAAUUCUUAUUAGGAUAAACUAUGACUUUAAUGUGUCAAUAUGACUGCUGAAUAUUAAUCUAUACUAUAAUAGGUAUUUUCGCAUUUUUUAAGUUCAAUGAAAGAAUGAAUGUAGCGAUAUAUCACAAAUUUAAACGACGUUAAUAUCAUGUUUUGACUUCGACUAAAUCCAAUGCUUGAGGUAAAGAAUUUCGAUUCACCCCGUUGCUGGAGUGAUGGCAAAAGUAAGCCUAGUAAGACUCAAAGUAAGCCUAGACUAGUCGGAAAUGGUUUUAUGUAUUAAGCCAAGUAGGAAAUGUAUUUUCAUGUAAAGAGGGAGGCUUUUUUACAUAGGAUGCUGGCUAGAUUAUGUGUACCACGACGGCGCCAAGUCCUUCUGCCGUGAAGCAGUAAUGUGUAAGUAUUAUUGAGUUUUGGUCGGACGGGCGCCGUAGCUAGUGAAAUUACUGGGAAAAUGAGUCUUAACAUCUUAUGUCUCAAGGUGACGAUCGCAAUUGUUAUGCCGCUCAGAACUUUUGGGUUCUUCAAGAAUCCUGAGUGGCAUUGUAAUAAUGUAAAAUACCAUCAGCUGAACCCCCUGCUCGUCUCGUACCAUAUUGUCGUAAAAAACAAUUAUAGUAAUUCACUUGUACACUUUGUAAAAUGAUGUGUUUAGAUAAUGUGAUGAGAACAAACUUAUUUUCAUUCAUUAAGCGGGGUUUUCACUGUCAGAGUACACUCAGAUGACUGCUCGGACUAACUCGUACGGUGUGACUCAUGUGCCCUUACGGCCGUUCCCAAUAUACUAUCUACAGAUAGAGAUAAAUUACUACCUUCUACUUUCAGUACUUAGCUGUCAAUAAUCUGAAGCUGUCCCAAUAUACCCGAUAAGUCAUUCUUAUCGCCUUAUAUUGGGACGUGUGAAUUGCAAUUUGCAUACAAACUUCUAUCGCUGGUAAGCUAUACGUCUUCCCAUUGACAGACAGCGUGUACGGAUAAGGUGAGUUACCGUCGAUAAGCUUAAUGGGACAGAAAAGUCAACGAUAGUUACGAUAUUUUUAUCUCAAGUAGGCCACAACCAGAGAUAGAAUGAAAAUUGGGAACGGCCGUUAGAAGACUCCUCCUAUUCUUUCCAACUCGUACAGUCGGUCCAAAUCGACCCGGACAGUGAAAACCACGCUUUAUGAAAUGAUAUUUACAUAAAUAUACUUAUUAUUCAUAGAAAAAAGCUUUCACCAUAGACAUACAAUAUCUAGUAUAUAGACAGACAAAUCUUGCGAGAGAGUAUAUCUCUAACGGUGAUACAAGGAAAUCGAAUCUAUAUAAACCGAUUUCGAUUGACAAAUCGUAAAUAUGCAGCGACGAUUGGCUCCUUAGUAUUUUGUAUAUAAAACUAGCUAACGCACACAAUGAGAAAACAAAAAUAAAACACGCAUUAAUAUUGGACUAUCAGGUGGUCAAAGUCACUGACAUAACCCAAAUGAUUGCAAAAAACAAGAUUGCCGGAAUAGUUGGACGAGGCCAGCGCAGGACCGAUCGUUGUGGAGAUCUUUGGGGGAGGCCUUUAGGACUUUUUUAGGACGUCUUCCGGCUCAUGGUGAUGGUGAUGAUCAGAUUGUGUAUACGCUAGUAAUAAACUUGUUAUAAAGUUAUACCUGAGAAUAAACCAAGAAAAUGCAAAAUGUUGACUAUAUCGAUGACAACACUGUCAAUACAGUGAUAAUUCUGAAUUUUCCCGAUUGCCAGGCAGCCUUUCAGAAAAACGCGGGAAACUUUACGUCAGAAUAAACCAAUAAGCAAAAUAUCUAUUUGUAAACAUUUUGCAUAUUCCUGGUUUAUUCUCAGUUAUAACUUUAUACCAAGUUUAUUUGUGAGGCCAUAAGAAGCUUUCACAAAAGGGUGAGCUUAACGAAUAUUACUUUAACAAUUAUUUCCAGAAUUGAGAGAUAUCAAUUUAAAAAUAACAAAUUGUUUAGAUUAUUAAUUGGACAUUUAUUGGCGAAUUGUACUUAAUGUAAACUAACGCAAUAAUUAAUAAACCUUACAUGUAAUAAAACAAUUAUGCUCAAUGAA